UUCAACACGUCCAUUACUCCGAGCUGCAGCUUCCCCUGUCACUUUAUGUGCGGCUCAUGUAGAGGAGCUGAUUCCUCCACUGCAAGAUCAUGUUUAUUAAAGUAGAUUUCACAGAAGUCUACAGCGAAACGAGGAACAUUGUUUUACUCUCGGUGAUCCUGGCAUUUUUGAACGGUGUGUCUGGUGAGGCAGCAGAUGCAAAGAAACAGUCAGUUUUGGAGGGAGAUUCUCUUACUUUACACAGUUACCUUACUGAAAUACACAAGGUUGAUCUGAUGUUGUGGAUGUAUGGAGCUCAAAGCUCUAUUAUCGCUAAACUCUAUGGAAAAAGUCAGAGGAUUUCAUUUUAUGACGUCGAAGAUGGGAGAUUCGGAGACCGACUGCAGCUGGACAUUCAGACUGGGUCCCUCAGUAUCAGUGACAUCAGGACCAAACACUCUGGAGAUUAUCAGCUAAAGAUCAUCAGCACUGAGACCUCAUACAAGAUGUUCAGUGUGACUGUCCAUGAUGUGUUUUUUGCUGGGAUAACAAACAAGAAAGUGGGAGAAUCUGUUACUCUGCAUACUGGUAUUAGUGAAAUAGAGAAACAUGAUGCCAUUCUUUGGAUGUUUGGAAUGUUGAUUCCAGACACUUUAGUUGCUGAAAUGAACAUAACAAUCCAUAAGAUCUCAUGCAGUGAUGACAGACUACGGCUGGAUGACCAGACAGGAUCUCUGACCAUCACAAACACCAGAACCACAGAUACAGGAGUGUAUCAACUACAGAUCACCAACACUAAAGAGACCUUCUUCAAGAGAUUCAAUGUUUUUGUUGCUGUUCCUGAGCCGGGUCCUUCUUCAGGAGGUUUAGCCACUCUCUGUGUCUGUGUGCUGCUAGUUGUGGCUGCAGCUGUAACCACUGGCGUGUGUUACUAUUGCCGCAAGUACUCUCAAUUACAGAAUGAAAGGAAGACAAAAGAAGUUACAGAAGGAGAUUCUGUCACUCUACACACUGGUAUAACGGAUCUACAGAGAUAUGAUCAAAUCCUCUGGAGUUUCGGACCUAGAGGCUAUGUCAUCGCUCAAAUUUCUGUAAAGACCAAUGAGACCUCACUUGGAGAUGACGAGAGAUUCAGAGACCGACUGCAGCUGAACAGUGAGACUGGAGAUCUCACCAUCAGAGACGUCAAAAUCACACACUCAGGAGAUUAUCAGUGGAAGCUCUUCAGCACCAGAGAGACCAAAUCCAAAAGAUUCAAGGUUGUUCUCUAUGUGGACUCACUAAGAUUCUCAGAGGGAGAAAACGUCACUCUAGACACUGGUGUUAGUGAACUACAGAGGGAUGAUCAGAUUCUCUGGAGGUUUGCAUCUGAAGACACCAUUAUAGCUAAAAGAGAUAGAAACACUAAUCAAACAACCAAUGCUAAUGGGAGAUUCAGAGACAGACUGCAGAUGGAUGAUCAGACUGCAUCUCUCAGUAUCACAAACACCAAAAUCACAGACUCUGGAGAUUAUCACCUACAAAUCAGCAGCAGAGAUAAAGUCUCGUAUAAGAAGUUUAGACUUACAGUAUGGUUGGAUACACUGAAAGUGACAGUGGGAGACUCAGUCACUCUAAACACUGAUAUUACCGACCUAGAGGAAGACAGUAAGAUACAGUGGACACAUGGAGAAAAUGACACUUGCAUUGCUAAAAUCAACAGAGCCACCGGUAAGACCUCAGUUUAUCAUGGUAAUGAUGUGAGAUUCAGAGACAGACUACAGCUGGAUCAUCGGACCGGAUCUCUGACCAUCUGGAACAUCAGCAUUGCACAUUCUGAUGUUUAUAAACUGCAGAUCAUCAGCCACACAGGGAACAUAUGCAAGAGAUUUGCUAUUAUUGCUGAAGAAAACAAAGUGUCAGUGUUGGAGGGAGAUUGUGCCAAACUAAACACUGAUGUCAACGAACUACAUAGAGAUGCUCUGAUACUGUGGAUGUUCGGCCCCAAAGACAAUCUCAUAGCUAAAGCUGAUAUAGAGAAUGAGAGGACAUCUACAUAUGAUGGUGCUGGUGGGAGAUUCAGAGACAGACUGGAGCUGGACCAUCAGACUGGAUCUCUGAUCAUCACAAACACCACAAACACUGACUCUGGACUUUAUAAACUCAAGAUCAUUAGCAGCAGAGAGACCAAAUAUACGCAAUUCCGAGUUACUGUUCAUGAGAACAGAGAGAGAGAGAUAAACAGAGAAGAUGCUGUGGGAUCCUCUCUGAGAGAAAACUCAGAGCAGAUAGCAUUGCUUCAAAUGAACAUCGGCACUAGUGUUUGACAGAAUAAUCUUAUUCCACUUUAAAAAUAAAUGAAAAAUAUAUUCAUAUAUAUUAUAUAUUUAUAUAUAUAAAUAUAUUUAAUAUUUAUGAACCACUAACAUC